AUGGAUGCUUCUAAUCCCAACUAUGCUGAAUCAGGUACGAUCAAAACAAACGGUCCUGGACACACGCAUAACCACGGAGAGAAUGGACAUACCCACGAACACGGGCACACACAUGAAGUUCUUGAUAACCCAGGGAAAUACACAACACGCGACAGACCUGUCUUUAGAUCUGACUGGAAACAGGAUUUUUCCCUAAAUCUGGAAGAGGUGAAAGAGUUGACACAAGAGUUCCAUCCAGAUCUGGUGAUAAUAGAGUCCGGAGGAGAUAAUCUUGCAGCUAAUUUCAGUCGUGAGCUGACUGAUUACAUAAUAUAUGUCAUCGAUGUUGCUGGUGGUGAUAAAGUACCACGUAAAGGCGGACCUGGUAUAACACAGAGUGAUACGUUGGUGAUAAACAAAACCGACCUUGCUGAGGCUGUAGGAGCGGACUUAAAGGUGAUGGAUAGAGAUGCAAAACUUAUGCGACAAGAUGGUCCUACGAUAUUUUGCACAGCAAAGGCAAAGCACAUGGUCGGUGUACCGGAAAUAGCAAGCCUCAUUCUGGAAGCGAGACAGGAAGCUACACAAAAUGGCGCGUGAUUACAGAACUAUUCAGACAAUUUUAAGCUACAGACAAACACGGACACAGAAAACGUGUUUUUUCAGUAUGCAGUUCUACCCUCGGAUGUAGGAUAAAAAGCGAUAUGAUUACCAAAGACAAAAUUCAUUUGUACAAUAUGCACACGCUUGCCUGCAUAAUAAUAUCGUUGAUAUAGCUGCAAAUAUUUUCUUUUGUUUAUGAUGUGUUAGUGGGUAUAUCAUUUUUAAUAUUUCGAGAAAACCAGAUUAUAUUGAAGAUCUGUAUAUACACACACAGGACGCAUUUGAACUAGAACAACUUGUAGACACUUUAUAUCAAUGUAUGUUUAUAAUAAAUAUUCUGCUGUAUACUACUAUACUCUCUUGAAUGAUACAAACACUAUUAUCAUUUUGAAACAUAAUUUUUUUGUAUGUAUUUUUUGUACAUAUUUUAAAACAAACAUCUCAUUUUUGUGUAGCUAUGGUUGUAUUUAUGGCCACUCUACCACGUGAUACUCUAAACUUGUAGGUUUGUCAGAUGUGGUAACCUCUGUUAUAUGCAGACCUUCUGUACAAUUCUGCGUGGCAAUCUGUGACGGAUAGAAAAUAAAACAUAGUAUAGAAAUAAAACAUAGUAUAGUAAAUAUCUUGCUAGAUCUUGACAAGACAUACGAAUGUUUCAUCAGAGCUUAUUUCGAAAACCUGUAUAAAACCUCGAGUGUUUCUGAGCAAAAUGUGGAAAUUGGGCAAGGACAAGACUACAAAUCGUCUCUAAACACCGUUUUAUAACUUAAGGCCCUAACGCAAGCAAAAAGUAAUAGUAACAAAAGAAAUAUGUAUUAAGAAAACGGGACCAGUACACAAUGGCGUGUUGUCCGUAUGUCCUUGUUCAAAA